AUGGGGCAAUCACCAUCACCAGUUCCGCCGUCGCCACAAGAAUCGACGCCGACACAGCGCACCGAGUUGCCGUCUGAACCGCUCAAGCAGGUCUCCCUCGCAGAACUCGCUGGAGAACAUCGGCGGCUACUCGUCCGCGCCCUUGGCCGGAUUCUUUCUACUGAGAUCGCCGAGGUCACCUAUGCGCAGAUCGUUGACGGCCUGCCGAUAGCGAACGUGAUAUGGGACUCCCGCGUCCCGCCCUACGGAGGUCACCCGAUUCUCAACGACGGGGUGCAUGAAGAUAUUUGCCCAGGCAUUCUUGAGAAAACAAGAGAGCUUCGCGACUCGUUUGACCUUGGUACCCUUGUCUUUGAGGCUAAGCUUCACCACGGAUACCGUAUUUGUUCUCCCGGUUCGAGGGGCUUCAAGAUUCGGUUUCUCGAGAUGGUUGCCGUUGCAGUGCAUCAGAUCGCUGCAAUCCUUUUCGACCUUGACAUCAGCAUUCACAAGAACGACGGCAUUGCGAAUUGGGCCCCGCCGAAAUCCAACGAAAGGUACUGGGGGUUCUACCCAGAUGGACCGCCCCCCACCAUUUUCCGCCACCCCUGGUACACAAAUCACAAGCAAUACCCGAGAGGCGCGGCCGACAUGGCGGGGUACUGGGCCGAAUCGCGCAUCUUUGGGGGUGUUGUGCUCUUUGAUCGCCGUAAUCCAGAUGUGGAAUCCGGAGUCGACCCAGAGGCCGUCUACUUCCAUCCGGAUCGUAAGGAUCAAACAUAUCGGAUCGUUCAACUCCUGCCCAAACAACGUCAGGCCCUGUUUGACUUCUGUCUCGGCGAUACACCACCACCCCUUGACAUUUCCCUCCCGAUCUUGAUUGAUCGCAACAACCUGGUGCGUGUUGACCCUGAGGAGCUAACCCGGACCACUGGGAUUUAUCGCGACCUAUGGGACCGCCGCGAACUAGACGACGACGAAUGGGACAUAAGGUUGAAAGAUGUGUGGAACCACAAGGAUUAUCCCACUCUAGAUGACUUGAGUGCCUCACGAUCCCGGGCGUCUGAUCGGAAAUCAGCGUUGAGAAGCCCUGAUUACCGACGGAACGGAAGCCCGCCAAGUAACCCAUGGGAUGAAUUUUAG